CCAGGGCGUGGUCUGCCUCAAUCAGUUUAGCACACAAUGAAAGAUCCCCGUUAUUUCUGCAGCGAAAGAUGAUCUCUCUUCUCUCUUUACAUCAUCAUGUUGUAGCGCUUCGUCCGAAGAGCUGAUUUUUUGUUUCCGUUUUGCAGUUUGUGUCGGUGGAAGUGACAGCAGGCCGCCUCUGUGCAGACAUCAUCAUAAUGCAUCCGAUGCCUGUGUGCUCCGAUAGCGGUGGAGACAUAUAUGACUGUAUACAGAGAGGAGAUAUUGAACUGUGUAUACAGUUCGUUCAAAAUGACCGAUCAGUUCUCAAGCAUAAAGGCUGGGGUGGUUUCACCCCGCUCCACUACGCUGCCCUCCAUGGUAACCGCGCCCUGGUUGACUUUUUCCUCAGCAAUGGAGCUGACCCUAACGUGACAUGUGAUGCAGGACAGACAUCCUUUCACUUUGCCUGCAGGCAAGGGAACAUCUAUAUCAUACACCAAAUGAUGCAGUACGGAGCUGAUUUGCGCCUCAUUGAUCUGCAGAGAAAAACAUCCCUGCAUCAUGCAGUUACUGGGGGCAGCAUUGUUGCAAUACACUACUUGUGGGAGACAGGAAUGUUCCGGUUCUCAGACACCGACAUGUACCAUGUGACACCGCUUCACCUGGCUGCAUCCACGGGCAACACAGAGGUGGUCCGGUAUUUGCUCAGAGACCAGAGAUGUGCUGUGGAUGCAGUCGACCAGCAGGGAGCGACCGCGCUUCAUGUCGCAGCAGAGAGGGGUGGAGUGGAGGUGGGCUGGACGCUGCUGCAGAGGACAGGCUGCAGGAUGCUCUAUCAGAAGACCUACAGCGGCCUCACGCCACUGGACCUCAGCAAACAGGGGAAAACAUUUAGACAUCAGCAACUCACCAAGCUACUGAAUCGGUACAUUCAUGAGCCAUUACACCACAAGCCCACAGAAUCUCAUGUUUUGUAUUACUGGACACUGUUGUUUCCAAGCCUGAGUGGAGCUGCCAUCCUGCUGAUAGCAGCCAUGUUGGGAGGCUACGGGGGGCUGACCUGCGGUUUGCUCUUCCCCUGGCUGGCCAGAAGCAUCUUCACACAGUUCCACCGCAUGACCACAUACCAAAGCGUCCGUCUUCCUUCCAGGUUACCCAACCCGAUCUACCUGGGAACCCUCUUAGCUGGCUUGUUCCAUUCGCUUCUCUGCUUCUAUGGAAAGAUAAUGCCUAGUGUGUGGCCAACCAGCGCUCUGGUCCAGGUGUCAAUGUUCCACUUCUCCCUAGUCCUCGGUUUGUUCUGUAAGGUUCUGACUCAGGAUCCUGGGACCCUGGAAAGAGCGGACGCAGAUCCUCGGUUCUCCUGCAUCGCUGACCUGGUGGAGAGCAGCCAGAGCCCCCACAGGUUCUGUCCAUACUGUGAGCUGUUUCCGCCCGACUACACGAAGCACUGCAAGCUGUGUGACGUGUGCGUCAAAGACUAUGACCACCACUGCCUUUUCCUCAACCGGUGCGUCGGCCGGGGCAACCACCGCCUUUUCCUCUUCUUCAUCCUCUCCAUGCUGAUCGCCCACUUCCUUUUCGUUGCCACGGCAACAAGUUACCUGUACGACAAGAUGCCCGUGAUGGGUCGCAGCUUCUCAACGUGGCUCACAUUGUUAGGGGAGGAGUUCUGGGUUGUGGUCAUGAUGGUCAUGAACGCACUGACGCUGCUUUGGGAGGUGUGGCUACUGAUUGAGCAGUUUGACGCCGUUGCCACGGGAACGACCACCUACUUCAGACAGUGCGAAAGCUCGGUGCGGCAGAGGUCAAUGGGUCAGCGCUGGGUUAUAGUGCUGUCGUAUCUGCUGGAGGGUCGACGGCGGGUGGGCAGCAGCUUAGCGAAAGAGGACACGACUUCCAUAGACAUUUAAAACUGUCAGUUUGUCUUGUAUCUCGAAACUGUUUCAUCGCUCACUUGCUUCUCAGUUUACAGUCUUUGGUGUGCACUAAACCUAGUGAUAAUGUCCUCAUUAGAUUCAAUAACUCCCUAAUGCCAUAUAACAUGUUGUACUUGAAUGUAAAAUUUGGUUACAUCUCAAUAUUCUAUUUUAAUAUACAGUCGGCUAUAUAGCAGAUUUGUCUGGCUAACAGGAUAACUACCACUAAGAGUUUAGAUGUUCAGCUAGUUUUUAGAGACCUCACUGAAUACUUUUAAAACAACAGUGUCCUAAUGAACGUGUUGGUUUACAUUGUUCUGUGUGAAGUACUUGAUAUUUCCAAAACUGUGUUUUAGCAGGAUACGCCUCUGAAUGAAUGCUCACAUUCACACCUGUUUUUAAAAUCCACAUCAGAAUGCUUUUUUAACAUCAUUGAUAUUUGUGUGUGUCAUCACGGUGUGUAAAGCAUUGUUCAAAGUCGUGAAGAUGUGUGUACUACUCAUAACAUUAGCAGGUCCUGUGAUUAGCUAUAGUGAUAAUGGUUAAUAGCAGGUGCACUGAAAGCCUUUGUUCCUGACAUAAUACCAUUACCACUCUGACCUGCUCCCAGUCAUUGGAGCCAUGACACUUCCUCUAUCUGCUCUCACUAAUGACACAUGGCUCUUUUCAUGGCUUCAAUUAAACACACUCAUUUCCUUUGUGUCCCCCAGGACCAUAUUUCUAGAUUAUAGAUGAUGUUCCCCACACCCCCUCGGAGGCCGGUGUGUCUGGACUUCGUCACGUGACAUUAUUUAGUGUCUACUGUACUGCCUGUCGUGCAUAUGGAGUGGUGAAGAUGAGCGCAUGUAAGCCUGUGAGUGCUUCUACUGUAUUUCUCUGUCCCCGGAUCAGUGUUAUUGUAUUCAACUGGCUGCCACUUGUCGAUAUCCCAAUAUAUUUUAUAUGUACUAAUGUAUUUUAUCUGUGGUUGCACAGUUCAUUUGGGUUUCCAAGAUGAUACCUCAUUUGUGCCAUGAUGUUUUCUUAUGCUGUAGGAAAAUGAUGCUGAAUGAAAAUAACACAUCACUGAAAUCUAUAAAUAAAUAAUAAGAACAA